GGUUGUUAUAUAAAAAGCCAGCCAACACCUGGUUCUUGAUUGAUGUUGGUGUGAAUCUGCAGGCACCUGACGCAACCCCGAUCAUGAUGAUGUUGAUAUUGCUGGCCUUGGUGAUGGGCGUUGCCCGCUGUUCUCUCGUCACCAACUGCACCGACUUCAACCCCGCCGUAUGUCAACCCGACCUCAUCGUCUACUGCUUCACCGACGGUACCACAGCACAGGGGUCAUGUGAGGCCAACGACAGAAUAUGCUUUGAGAACGCAACGUUAUCGGGAGACAAUUCUUGUUUCUCCACAAUGUCUUCAACGCUCUCAACGACGACAACUACGUCACAAAACGACAAUGGCGGAACGGUGCUAUCCCCGCAGUUGGUGUUAGUCCUGAUGAUGAUGCUUGCUGUGUGGCUGGGCCUUGACAAGAUGAUCUGAGAGCGUGGAUGGGGGAAUGCGGAGGACAGGGCAUGUGCUUCUCUGUGUGGUGUGGGCUUAAACAAAGCCUACCCAGUUAAACGGAAACUACAUACCAGUAUAUAACAAACCAAAUGCCGUAUCGAAGUUGAAUGAUCAACAUACAGUUUUUCUUCGUGUCUUCGUCACAGUACGCUAAAAUGCAUAGUUGGGCAUAAAUAAUAUUCAUAUAUUGCCUUAACUUUUCAAGCAUCGUUUAAAGGACGAGGUGGGAUGAGGGCCUUUCUGGAAUACUGAAUAAGUCAAAUUUUAGAUUUAUGGAAAAUCUUUUUAUAAAAUAUGAAAAUGAUCGGUUUUCAGGGACCCAUUCAUAUGGGUCUCAUCACUGUUUGGAAGCUGCUGGGGCAGAUGGUCCAGAUUGAUUGUUCUCUGGCGUUGACAAAUAUUUUGGGUACAAAUAUUGCUUGUGGCCAAAUAUUAGAAAAACGUUUCCUGAACAUGUUUUAACUAAUUGUUUGACAUAUCUUCGCCUAACCUAUACAUUUAGGAUUGUUAUAAUUCCAAAAUUAUUGGCAUGGACAAAGCACAUUCCAUUCAUAUGAACGCAUGUGGCAACUACCACAACAUUGUCUAAACAUGUUUCCUUGAAAUGAGCAAAUCCUUUGGGUCAUAAAGACCCUUCAUGGUUCCCACGUUUUUUCUUCCGAAAAAUUCCCUGACAUUUCCCUGAUAUUUCCAGAGAACUUAGAACUUUUCCAGACUGCAUUACACGGCCUCCAUUAUAACAACUGGGAGUGGUGUUUUAACUUUAUUAUAUAAACAGCUUUAAAAUAGACCAAUGGAAACGUCUUUUUUUAGAUAUUUCUGUACAAAAGUGUGUUAUGUUUGGUUUAAGGAAAACUAAGUCACCAAGUAAUUAUCCUCCCCUUAAGGCCAUCCAUCUGCCACCAUUUAAAGAGUGCAAACUACAAAUUAACUCCAUCAAUCAUUGCCUAAUCAAAACAAGUAUCACAAUUUUUGAAAAUGGACUUCAGGACUAGGAUCUCACAACUUUAGAAACAUGAACAUGAACUAAUUAGUAACAUUAUAAUAAAGUAAAUACCAUCACUACUUUCAGUGCAACAUUCAUGCACAGCAUUUCACAAACUAACCAUUCAAAUAUACAUCUGCACUUUCAAAAGGUCACCAGGGAAUAGAUAAUUAUAACCACAACUGAAGUCACCCUAAGUUUUUCCAAUGAUUUAUCUAACACUGAUACACUUUUCAUUAACAAAGAGCUUUAUAGAAUCCUAAUUGCAUUAUUUUGUUUGUUCUUGAACAGUAGAACUUUAUGAGAUUUGAAAUUUUACAUUCAAAUUGAUUUCUGAAAUUCAAAUGGUAAAAUAAUACCAAGGCAAUGUAAUAUUUUACUCAAAAUAUUUUAAAUUUAGAAUUUAGUUAGCUCUGGAGGUAAGGGGCGCAAAUCCCUAUCAGCCACAUUGACCUUGACCUUGAUAUAGUAAAAUUUGACAAAUACCUCUUUUUCAAACGAAUAAACUCCAUUGCUUAAAUUUGAGUGGCUGCCACAACCAUUAAAUAAUAGAGAGUAUGAGUUCCAAGAGCAAAAAAUCCCUGAUAUAUCCCUGAUUUUGAAGUUUUUAGUGAAUUCCCUGAUAUUUCCCUGACUGGAAAUUUUUCCAACACAUUUCCAGGUUUUCCAGGUUUUCCAGUGGCAGUGGGAACCAUGCCCUUAUUCGACAUUGUCCCUUAAAUAGACAAAAACACUUUUCUACUUUUCAAUUUUUUUAUUACGUUAAUGUUUGCACCUGUUCUCUGUUACACUGAACCUCGUUAUACCGUGUUCCCUCAGUAUACUGGCAUGUGUGACUACAGUCUAAUUAUGACUCACCAUUCUUUAAUCCACAUCUGUUCAACUGGUGAUUUAAAACAGUCUUCGUCUGUCCAUGAUUAACCAGAAUUAUAGAUUAAUACUGCGUCAUAUAUCAGCCCUGAUAAUGGAUAUCUAACAAGCACUUGACACUGAUCAAUCACUGCGGCCGACUUUAUUCGCGUCGUCUAAGUACAGCGAAACCUCGUUUAACCAGAAGGUUACUGAAUUGUCCGGAUUAAAUCAAAUAUGCAUUAAUUUCAUUUUCAUUGUCAUAAGACGUUGCGAACAGAAAUCGUCCGCAAUAAUGAUUAAUCUUGAUUAACGGGGUCUCACUAUUAUAGAUAAACGGAAGUUAACCGGACUAUUAAGAAUUUGAGUUUUUUCGGUGGGUCUAAAUGUCAAAUGAAUUGCAAAAAAUGUUUACCAAAACGCCUGUAAAGCCAGUUUCCCGUUGGAAACCAAUGCAUCAGAUCAAGUCACACCGUAGGCAUGUUGUAAUUUUGACUUCAAAACGGUUGACGCGUUUUAAAAACUGAUAUCCUAUAACAGAGACAAGACUAUUUUCAUAUCACAGUGUGGGUAUGAGGGUAUGGUGGCAUGGGUUAACGAAGAGGGUGGGGUUCACUCACAAAAAUAAAAACGGAAAAAAAAAUUUGAGACCCCGUUAAUCCAGACAGUACUUUUCCAUGUGAAAUUGUCCGGACCAGCGAAUGUCCGGAAUAAUGAAAAUAGUUGUGAAGUCAUGUAUCCUUGGUUUGUGUAGACCUUCCAAACGUUCACUCCCGGAUCGGCCAGAGGGUGUUUUUCCGGGCUUGUGGAGUUUCGCUGUAUUUACUGCGGCAUAAAGCUUGACCUUGUGAUUAUGUUGUCUGCUUCCGGAAACAGUCACAGCGUAUGACGACAUAUAUGACUGGUUCAAACCACGAGUCGUCCUAAUAUGUGUGUAAAACUGUGUAUGGCUCAGUAUGUGUCUCUUUAAUGUCGUCAAUAAACUCUCAAACUUACCACUGUUAUUGUCUUGAC